AUGCCCAUCUCUGCCCUUUCCAGCACCACUAUACGUCUCCUCGGAUCUCCUUGUGUCAUUACAACCCCUGUAUCACUAGUCAAGGAGCUACUAGACAACGCAAUCGAUGCCAAAGCAACCUCGGUCGAGGUCCUGAUCUCACCCAAUACAGUUGACAAGGUCGAAGUCAGGGACAAUGGAGUUGGCAUACACCCUGAUGACUACGACUCGUUAGGAAGACACGGGUAUACGAGCAAGCUUGAGCACUUCGACGAACUACAUAAUCUUGUGGGGGCCUCUCUUGGCUUCCGCGGUGAAGCACUGGCAUCUGCGAACUCGGUGGGUAACCUCACCAUCACAACCAAGACUCCCUCAGACCCAGUGGCGGCAAUCCUUCAGAUCAUACCCAAGGCCGGAGGAGUACUCAAACAUAGAUCUGGGCCAGCACCAGUCGGGACAACAGUCAGCCUUACUGCGGUCUUCGGUACUCUGCCAGUGCGAGAGCAAAUCAUGAUCAAAGACGCACCCAAGACCCUGGACAAGAUCAAGGAGUUGCUUCGCUCCUAUGCGAUGGCCAGACCACAGCUCAAGCUCACGUUCAAAGUACUACAGACACCCAAACAGGCCUGGUCGUAUUCACCCAGGCGAGGGGCUGGAAUCAAUGAAGCGGUGCUCCAACUAAUCGGCAAAGAUUUGGCCUCCCAAUGCAUUGAGGAAACGGUCAGCUUCGCCGGUCCUGUUUCGGACGGCGCAGUUGAUUCCCAAAGUGGAAAACCUGGAGAGUGUUUCGUCUUUGAAGCGUUCAUGUUGAAAUCAGACGCUGACCCUAGCCGACUGCCUAACAUCAAGCAUGGUUACUUUUCCGUUGAUGGGAGACCCGUUACGAGCAGCAAAGGCACAAUGAGGAAGAUUACGUCAACCUAUACGAACUACUUGAGCAGCAAACUCGGGUCAGAUGGCAUCAAAGAGGUCACAGGCUCUGCCUUUAUUCGACUGAACAUCAAGUGUCCCAAGGGCUCUUAUGAUGCCAACAUUGAACCCUCCAAGGACGAGGUCCUGUUCGAGAACGAGACUUCCCUGACUGGCUACUUUGAGAAACUGUGCGAAGACACUUACGGGCCAAUUGAAGGCCAGGAGAAGAAGCCGGCUUUCACUAGGGAAUGUCUUGCCAGUUCUUCGCUGAAGACACCUGCGUCACUGCAAUCUGAAGGCUCACCCAGAAGAGUCUUACCCGUUGAGGGCAAUCAAGAAUCUAGCGUACCGUCCAAGGGUCGUAUACUAGCGCAGACCAAGGAACAGAAUUGCUCAGGUGCAGGCGCUGGAGCGCAGGCCAUUCCCAACGAUGAUCAACAGACAUGUCUUCCCCUGUCCCAUCGGAACAGAUUGGGCUCAGCUUCAACUGGAUGGACUGCAAUCAACAUACCAUGCCUUCAACAGCGAUCUGAUACAAUGCGCGGAGAACCAGAAAAAAGUCCCCCAACUGAAGAAUCUCGGUUUGCAAGUGAUAUGUCACUCGACCUUAGCCAACUGGGCGGAAACCUUGGGUGGCUGAGGAAGAGAGACAACCCCUUCCAAAGGACAAAGGCCAAAGAGCAAUCAACGAGUAUAGUAUACAAUCCAACCCAGACUAUCGAAUAUUGGCCGACUUCGACAACGGGCUCACAGUUCGAGAGCGCGGAAGAUUCUACUGUACCCCAACAAUCUCAACCACAGAGGUUAUGGGGUGAGGAACCUACGCCUUCCAUGACGCCAGAGCCAGCAAUCCUGUAUCACCAUGCGGCACCUCCACGAGACCUUGACGUUCCACCAAGCCUGCGAAACAACCUUCUCAGCAGUAACGAGAACAGAUCACCCGCUCUUGUACCUGGCGGCCCAUACCGAAGCCCACUUUCCAGUCCCCCUGGACCGGUUCCUAGACAGACUAAUAAUUCGCGUGAGUUACGGGGACAACUACCAUGGACUCCUCCUUCGUCCGCACAGAGAGAUCAGGAACAGUGGGGAAAGCAACGUUAUAGUAAGAACGAUCAAUCUCGCAACCCUUUGAAGCAGACCACGAUUUCAUUCGACGGCCUUGAGCGGCCACGAAAACUUCUUCCUACGAAGCAUGAUGGAACGCCGGAGGAAACCCACAACUUGCCUUGCGCCGCCGUGUUUUCGACAGCUAAGCAGCAUCUGGCAGAAGCCACCGCCAUCUCCCCGAAUCGACAGCCGGCUUUAGAGCACCCAAUAGGUAAUAGCGGCGUGGUUACGCAGCGUCGGACAGUUCAAAACAAGAAAAUUGCAGGUUUGCACGAGACAGACUCCGUCCCGCAGGAUGAUGCCAUAGCCGAUCAAGAGCCAAUCCGAACAACGCUGCCAAGUGGGGAUCCAAGAGCAUACCUCCUUCGGCAACAGAAGUUCAUGGCAACUGAUGUGGGAAAGGGAAGGCCAAGGAAGUUCAGACGCGCCCAGAGCAAUCUCAUGCCACUGCAGAACACACCACUGGAGUCUCAGACUUAUGGACUCAUGCUUUUUUUCAAGGCAAGAAUAGAACAGUUCCCCAAAUCCAUGGACCAUAUGAAGAUAUAUGACAAGUACAUUGUCGAGGGCGACGUUGAAGACGGUCUGGACGUUGAUCUAGGAGAGGCUCGAAGAAUAGAGCAAAGGCUGGACACUGUUCUAGCGGGUUGGAGUGAGCGCGUCACUGGAGAGAGACUGGAUGUUGGAUCUCAGUUGAGUGCCCAGCUUAGAGGUCAGAACAUUGAGGUGUCAGUAUGA